GUGCUGGUUUGCUGUGCAGCCGGUUGAGCGUCGAUCAAGGAGCUCCUUAUCAAUCAUCAUUGCGUUAUCGUCGCGUUCCCCACAUCCCUGUUUUCCAGCUGGGUAUUUCUUUGUGCCUGGCCCCCCUGACUUGAUUCCAUCCGACAAUUCCUCUUUCCUCUCAAUCAAUCUAUCACAAUGGCCGCUCUCUUCCGCUCCAGCCUGAAGCUCCGCCCGGCGACGCGCCUGUCGGCCGUCCGUACCCUCACGACUACUCCGCACCUGCGCGCUGCGGAGAAGCCUUUCUUCCCCGAUGAGCCGACCGCUCCCAAGCUGGCCACGGCCAUUCCCGGCCCCAACAACAAGGCUGCCGCGGAGAAGCUGGACAAGGUCUUCGAUGUUCGCAGCUUGAACAUGCUCACCGACUACACCAAGUCCACCGGUAACUACAUUGCCGAUCUGGACGGAAACGUGCUCUUGGAUGUUUAUGCUCAGAUUGCUUCGAUCCCCGUCGGCUACAACAACCCUCACCUCCGCAAGGUGGCCGAGUCUCCCGAGAUGAUCACUUCGUUGAUCAACAGACCUGCCCUGGGUAACUUCCCGUCCCAUGACUGGGCUGACAUCCUGAACACUGGUAUCCUCAAGGCCGCCCCCAAGGGUCUUAACCAGGUGUUCACCGCCAUGGCUGGCUCGGAUGCCAACGAGACUGCCUACAAGGCUGCUUUCAUGUACUACCGCCAGCGUGAGCGUGGCGGUCCCGAGACCGAGUUCACCGAGGAGGAGCUGGAGACCACCAUGAAGAACCAGUCUCCUGGAUCCCCUCAGCUGUCCAUCAUGUCUUUCAAGUCGGCCUUCCACGGCCGUCUGUUCGGCAGUCUGUCCACCACUCGCAGCAAGCCCAUCCACAAGCUUGACAUUCCCGCCUUCGACUGGCCCCAGGCUCCCUUCCCCGCCUUGAAGUACCCCCUGGAGGAGCACGCUCAGGAGAACGCUCAGGAAGAGCAGCGCUGCCUGCAGGAGACUGAGCGCCUGAUCAAGGAGUGGCACAACCCUGUCGCGGCUGUCAUCGUCGAGCCCAUCCAGUCGGAGGGUGGUGACAACCACGCCUCUCCGGCCUUCUUCCGUGGCCUUCGUGAGAUCACCAAGCGUAACGAUGUCCUCUUUAUUGUCGAUGAGGUGCAGACUGGUGUGGGUGCCACCGGAAAGUUCUGGGCCCACGACCACUGGAACCUCGAGACUCCUCCCGACAUGGUGACCUUCUCCAAGAAGGCCCAGACCGCCGGUUACUACUACGGUAACCCGGCUCUCCGCCCCAACAAGCCUUACCGUCAGUUCAACACCUGGAUGGGUGACCCGGCUCGUGCCCUCAUCUUCCGUGGUAUCAUUGAGGAGGUUGAGCGCCUGAACCUGGUUGAGAACACUGCCGCUACCGGUGACUACCUCUUCGCUGGCCUGGAGCGUCUCGCCAAGCAGUACCCCGAGCACCUCCAGAACCUGCGUGGUAAGGGCCAGGGAACCUUCAUCGCCUGGGACACCCCCAAGCGUGACGAGUUCGUGGCCAAGGCCAAGGGCGUUGGUGUCAACAUCGGAGGAAGCGGUGUGAGCGCUGUCCGCCUGAGGCCCAUGCUGGUCUUCCAGAAGCACCACGCUGAUAUCCUCCUGGAGAGCGUCGAGAAGAUCAUCAAGCAGCUGUAAAGUAGCUUGUCGGUCUUGUGUUGUUUUGUUGGACUCUAGUCUGUGAUUGUAUGGCGUUUUAACGGUAUUGGGUGGGGAGCUUUUUUAUGAUAUCUUGGGCCGAUUUCCAUGGCUUUUUACAAUAUGAUUUAUGUCUUAGAUGUUAACCUAUCUAUCGAGCAACGAUGAGAUGCCGUCAAGGCAACGUUGA